AUGAACCUUCCGGAUUCCGAGCCCUCCGCUAGUGUUGAUAGCGACACACCAAUUCCCACUAAAUUGAGGCGCUCAUGUGAAGCAUGCAGGACAUCCAAAGGCAGAUGUUUACCAAGUAUAGAUGAUCCUACUCGAUGCGCCAAAUGCUCAAAAAGUAAGAAGAAAUGUGUGUUCUUGGAAACGAAACCUCGACCUAAGAAGAUGAGAUCUUCUAGAGUGCGAGUUGCAGAGAUGGAGCAAAAGCUUGAUGGAAUCUUGAAUCUUUUGGCAGCCAAAUCUCAAGCAGAGUUUCAGCCUAAUUCAACCUCAACACCUGAAUCUCCCCAAGAAAAUAUGCCGUUGGAUCUAUCAGAGAUCGAGCUUUCUUUUCCGUUACUACCAAUGGACAACACGAGUAGCAAACCAUUCCAACAGAUGUCUUUGUCUACACCUCCAAAUCUUAAUUACGGUGGCUUGAAUGAUGUCAUUUCGAGGUGCAUAGUCAGUACCAAACAGGCUGAUGAGGCACUGAAGGAGUUCGCUAGUAGAGCUUCAGCCUUUCCGUUUGUGCUCAUCCCUCCGCAAGCCUCUCUAGAAAGCUUGAGGCAUGAACGGCCCAUUCUUUUGCUUGGAAUUCUUGCAAGUACAAGUCAAAACAAUAUCCCCGUGCAACAUCUUCUUGAAAGUGAGCUACGUGAGACAAUCAGUAGCCGCACAAUCAUGCACGGAGAGAAGAGUAUUGACUUGCUACAAGGAAUACUAUUGUACCUCGCUUGGUAUCACUAUCACUAUAAUCCAGAGAAAGAGAAUCUAUUUCAGCUUACCCAAAUGGCAAAUGCUAUGGUGAUUGAUCUUGGACUUCACAGGCCAAAGCUUGGUGAAGUACAAACGAGCUAUUCGAACACUCUUGGCUUUGAAUGCCCAAAGAAAUUCACCCCAAUUCAGAUAGAGGAAAGAAGGACUCUUAUUGGAUGUUUUUGCCUGACAUCAUCAAUGUGCCGCAGUCUGAGGAAACCCAAUAGUCUCAAGUAUCACGACUAUAUAGAACAAUGUUGCCAAGUAUUAUCGGAGGUCAGCGUAACAGAGACAGAUCGACUGUUGCCAUUUUUCACAAGAAUUCAUCGACUUGGCGAAGAGGUCAAUGACGCCUUUGAUUAUUCCAAUCAUGGAGAGCUUUCUGAGCAUGAUACCGUACGAAUUGAGAUGUUCAAUAGAACUUUGUCUCAACAAUUCCAGGAUAUCCAAAGAUACUUUCCUGCCGAAGCUUGGAGCAAUCACAUACUGAGAGUAUCGUAUGCACAUCUCCGUAUCUAUGUUGCGGAAAUCAGUCUUAAUGCCAUUUCAUCGGACUCACAUCAAUUUAUGACAACUGCGUCAUCAAAUCGAACCUCCUGGUAUCAUUCUUCCUCACGAACAGAAAUGUUGAUCCGUUGUCUACAGGCCGCUAAGGAUUAUCUCGAUAUGGUGUUAUCUCUCACAUCCUUGGAGUUCUGUCGUCUUACCGCGCCGAACUACAUAGAAUUAUUCUACGCCGUCCUCAUCCUUGGGAAAUUCACCGAAAACUGCGAUUCCCCGUCCCUCGACACUGACCAGGUCCGCCAAGCUGCAAGCCUCCGCUACUACCUUGAUUCCCUGGACGAGAAACUCGAAAGCCUCCUCGUGUACAACAAUGGCCAAGCUCAACCAAAUAGUGUCUGGAACAUGAAACUUCUAUGUCAGGAAAUAAAGAAGUGGCACAUGCGAAUAGUUUCUGGAGUUCCAGGUUCCGAACAGUCAAUGAUUAAUGGUGUGAAUAUCUCAUUUACACACAUCACACCGUCGAUUCAAGGGCUUUGUGGCCAACUUCUCACUUCGAUGGCGGAUUUUAGACCAGGGGGAAGUUCGGCGUCGGAUGGAAUAGCUGAUUGGAUGGCGUUCAUGACUUCUGAGAAUAAUGUUAGGUCGGGGUGA